UGAGAGGAAGCAAGACGUUUAACCACAUUGACGCCAAUUCCAGAAUGAUGAUAAGAAGCAAAAAAGAAAAGUUCCCUUCAUUGCAUUGCCAAAACAUACAGAAAACAGCAAGCUUAAAGAGUAUAAGUGCAUUUCCAGAUUUUGUGGACCUCAAACCGGAAUGCAAAGAUGAAAUAAAUAUGUGUUUGUUAAAGCAGGUGCUUGAUAUUAAAACACACUAUUUACCUGACAUCGUACAAGAAUCGUAUAAACAUGCUUAUCCUACAGCAUCAAAGAAAGCAUUACCAAAGCUCAGUGUUCCCAGUGAAGGAUGUAAGAAACAAAGACCAUGGUGCCUACCAUUUGUUGAACAAAGUGCCAUUGACCACUUAGAGCUGAACUUAAAACACAGACAGAUUAUCCAUCUUUGGAGGCUUGAAACUCUAUAUGAUGAAUCCAUGGAAAUGAUGAUUCCAAAAGGGCCACCCCUGCCUCCUGCCAUCAAAGCAAGUGGAGCUAAAGUGGAACCUGUGGGUGUGAAAAGUACUUUUAUUGAAUGUGAUAUCAGGGACAAAAUGGAAUGGCACAUUACACAUAAAAAACUGCAACAGAAUUGGAGCUUACCACAGCAUAUUCAGAUGUCGGCAGAAACAUUUAUCCCACCUGCUCCAAAACUGAUUCCAUCUCAGCUGAAUCCACAGCUUAGCCUUAGUGUAGUUGUUGCUCCUACUGAAUUGGCAUUUUUAAGCAAAGGACAUCGGAGGUUAUUAGAACAUAAUACAAAGAAAAAGAUAAUCAAUCAUAAAUGGGGUCUUCCAGUACUUAUUCAGUCUUCAUUAAGAAACUUCAUGACUCCUUCUCCAUUAAGAAAAGAUCUUUUGCAACAGUCAGAAAUAAUAGAAGCCAACAAAACAGGAUCCACCAUAACUGACACAAGAAAAAAGACUAGAAUUCCUCUGCAAAUGCACAAAAGGGCAAUGAUGUCUUUACAGUAUAAAAAAGAUUGUAAAGAUGCAAAACUGAGCAAAGUGUCUGAGGUGGCCGUUUUAUCUGACUUCACACAAGAGAAUGCUGAUAAGCUGGAUAUGUGCUUAAGAAAAUUGCAUCUAGAAAUUAACUUACAUUGUUUGCCAGAAAUAGUGAAAGAAUCUUAUAAGAAAAGUUACCCUUCUGUGUCAAAGAAGCCAUUAAGAAAGAUUAUUGCACGUGGUGAAGGAUGUAAAAAGUCACGUACAUUAUACAUAGCAUUUAUUGAGCAGGAUGCAGUGGAUCGUUUGGAGCUGAACCUGAAGCAUAAACUGAUUUUCCAUAACUGGGGACUUGCAACCCCAAAUGAUGAAUCAAUGGAAAUGAUGAUCGCGAAAGGGCCUCCCCUACCUCCAGUAAUCAAGUCAAGUGGAGCUACAAUAGAACAUGUGGGUAGGGAAACACCUUUCCUAGAUAAUAAAGUGAGAGAGAGCUUUGAAGACUAUGUUAUACGGCGAAAACUUCAAAAAACCUGGGGUGUACCAUUAGAUGUUCAGAGAUCAGAAGAAGCAUUUAUACCAUUUGCUCCAAAACUAAUUUCAUCCCGGCUAAACCAGCAAUCUACAUUUUCAGUUGUUGUUACGCCAACUGAGCUGCCUUUUCUUCGUGAUGAGCAUAAGAGAAUAUUGGAGAUGAAUACGAAGAAAAAGAUAAUAAAUUACAAAUGGGGUCUUCCUAAGCUUGUUCAGUUAUCUUUGAAUAAGUUCAUGAGUACUGCUCCAGAUGUUUCCAGCAAUAUUGACCAUAAAGAAAAUAAAAUGGUACUUCGCAAUACAUUUACAUCAGUCAGAAAGGGGAAGUUAUCAGCAUUGCAAUCUGAAAAAACUAGCAGAAGCAAGAAAAUGAAGAAUACAGAUAAGAAUUUAUUUCUUGAUAGCUUCCAACCAGAAUUGAAAUACAAACUUGAGAUUUGUUUAACAAAGCUGAGUCUUGAGAUUAAGACUGGAUGCUUACCUGAAAUGGUGAGGGAGUUUUCCAAAAGCACCUAUCCCCCACAAUCAAAGAAACCUUUGCCAAAGCUAAUUGUAACUGGUAAAGGAUUUAAAAAGCCAAGGCCACAUUGUUUACCAUUUAUUGAAAAAGAUGCUGUUAAUCAAUUAGAGUUGAAUUUAAAGCAUAAGCUGAUUGCCCAUCUCUGUAAAUUUUCAAAUUUAUAUGAAGAAUCAGUAGAAAUAAUGAUGUCCAAAGGACCAUCUGUGCCUCCAGUCAUUAAGGCAACAAAUGCUGUAAUAUGCCCUGUGCAAAUGGAAACACGUUUCAUUGAAGAUGAAGUUAGAAGUAGACUAGAAUGGCAUGUCACACAGAAGAAACUUCAACACAACUGGGGAUUACCAUUACUCAUUCAGAAAUCCCAAGAUGCAUUUAUUCCACCUGCUCCAAAGCUAAUUCCUGCAAAUCUAAGACCACAGCCUGGUUUUUCCCUCGUUUUCGUUUCGCCUGAAUUGGUUUUCUUGAAUUCAGAACAUAAGAAAAAACUGGAGCUUAAUACAAGAAAAAGAAUCAUAAAUUACAGAUGGGGUCUUCCUAAAGCUGUUCAGUAUUCAUUAACUAGUUUUAUGGCUUCUAUUGCACAGCUGCCUGAAGCAGUGGAACAAAACAGAACAUCUUCCACUGAUAUUCAAGUGAGAAAUAGAAAAGUAGGCACUUCAAUGAACAUAUUUUUACAGUCUAAGAAAGCUAAACAACCUUUAAAACAGAGUCAAAAAAGUAACACUAAUCCAAAACCUUCCAGUGCAGCAGAGAUAUGUCUUUCUGCUAAACUCAACCAAGAAAAUAAAGACAAGCUAGAAAUAUGUUUGAUAAAACACUGCCUUGAAAUUAAAAACAGUUGUUUUCCAGAAAUAGUGAAGGAUAUGUAUAAGGCUACAUAUCCUCCAAAGCCAAAAAAGCCUCUUUCAAAGCCAAUCGCACCAUGCAAAGGAUUUAAAAAGCCAAGAUUAUUGUAUCUACCUUUUAUUGAACAGGAUGCUGUUGACCUGAUAGAACUGAACUUAAAACACAAACAGCUUACCCAUCUGUGGGGAUUUCCAACCCAAUACGAAGAAUCGGUAGCAAUGAUGAUUCCCGAAGUACCGCCUGAACCUCCAGCAAUCAAGGCAAAUGGAACUCAAAUAGAAUUUGUGGGUGAAGAAGCAACUUUCCUGGACCAUAAAAUUAAGGACAAACUAGAAUGGCACAUAGCACAGAAGAAACUUCAGCAUAACUGGGGCUUUCCACUGCACAUUCAAAGAUCACAAGAAAAUUUUAUUCCCCCUGCUCCAAAACUAAUUCCAUUCCAUGUGAAGCCCGAGUUUCUCUUUGUGACAAUCUGUGUGCCGGCUGAGCUGCCUUUCCUCAGUGAUGGACACCGGAAAUUAUUGGAAUUGAAUACAAGGAAAAGAAUUAUAAAUUGCAGAUGGGGCCUUCCAAAGGUAGUGCAGUCAUCUUUAAACAGUUUCAUACCUGUUGCCCCACAGGCAGAAGAUUUCAUACUAGAGUCACAACAUCAAACAAUGCCCAUUUUCAUAGUGCCUACUUCUUCAGGCAAUAUUAUUCGAUUAAGAAAAAAAAUGUCUUUAACAAAGCAACAAAGAGACAUAAAAAUGGAUAGCAAUGUUGAGAUAUUGUUUUCUGAUAAUCAAAUGGUUACAAGGGGAGCUGUUAUAGAAUUCUCCUUAAUAAAGCAAUGUUUAGAAAUUAAAAUGGGAAGUCUGCCUAAACUGGUGACGGAUGCCUACAGUAGUACCUAUGCUAAGGUACCAAAGAAGAUUUUACCAAAGACCAUUUUACCUGGCAAAGGCUUUAAAAAACAAAAGCCAUCAUAUCUGCCGUUUAUUGAACAAGAAGCAGUUGAUCGUUUGGAGUUGAAUUUAAUGCACAAACAAAUCACCCAUGAAUGGGGAUUUUCAACUGUCUAUGAAGAAUCGUUGGAAAUGAUGAUUCCAGUGGGACCACCAUUGCCUCCACUGAUCAAAGCUAGUGGGGCUCAAAUAGAACCUGUUGGUAUGGAAAAUAAUUCCAUUACAAAUAAAGUAAGAGACAGGCUAGAAUUACACAUAACACAGAAAAAACUUCAGUACAAUUGGGGUCUGCCAUUACAUAUUCAAAGAUCACUAGAAGUAUUCAUUCCUUCUGCUCCAAAAGUUGUUCCAAUCCAGGUAAAUUCCCAGCCUGAUUUUUCAGUAGUUGUUGCUCCUUGUGAGUUGGCAUUUCUUACUGAAGAUCACAGACAAACACUGAAUCGAAAUAUAAAGAAAAGGAUUAUAAAUCGUAAAUGGGGUCUUCCUAAAAUCAUUCAGUCAUCUCUAAUGCAGUUUAUUGCUCCAACUCCUGAUGAUGAUGAUUUCAUGCAACCAUCAGCACAUUGUAAAGAAAGCACCACAGUGCUCAAUAAUAAUAACCUUGGAAGGAGCUAUAAAAUAUUUUCUCAGAGUACAAACCUGCGACUCAAAGGAGGAAGAUUGUUUUCCCAGUAUGAGACAGAUGAGGUGAGCUUAAACAAAGUAAAAGAGAUAGCUACAAAUGUUAUCCUUAGAUCGCAAUCCAAGGAAAACCUCCAUAUCAGCUUGCUAAGGCAGUGUCUAGAAAUUAAAAUUGAUUGUUUGCCUCAACUGGUAAAAGAUUUGUACAAACGUACUUAUCCAGUAACAUCAAAGAGAUCUUUACCAAAGCUUGUUGCACCAGGUAGGGGAUUUAAAAAACCAAGAGUACGGUAUAUUUCCUUCAUGAAACAAGAUGAUAUUGAUCUGAUAGAGAUGAACUUGAAACACAGGCAACUUGCAUACCUUUGCGGAUUUGAAACACUGUAUGAUAAGUCGAUGGAAAUGAUGAUUCCCAAAGGACCACCUUUACCUCCAUCAGUUAAACCUCAUGGAAUUCAAAUAGAGCAUGCGCCACAACCAGCAACUGUUUUUUCUGACGGAGUUAAAGAGUUUCUAGAAUGGCAUAUUUUGCAGAAAAAACUUCAGCAUACUUGGGGGUUGCCAUCACAUGUUCAGAAAUCAACCAGAGCAUUUAUUCCACCUGCUCCAAAGCUGAUUGCAACCCAACUCAAUCCACAGCCUGAUGUUCAAAUAGUUAUUGGUCUGACUGAGUUAGAGUUUAUAAGUGAUGAGCACCAAAAAGCACUUGAAACUAAUGUAAAGAAAAGGAUUGUAAAUCACAGAUGGGGCCUUCCACAGCUGAUUCAAUCAUCUUUAAAUGAAUUUAUGACACCCCCUCCACCAAUACAGGACUUUGUGCAACAAAUUAAAGUUAAGAGAACUUGUGGGAUAAGAUGCCAAACUGUAGGGUUAUCAAAUGAUUGUAAAAUGAUUUCCUCUCAGCAUGCAUCUCUUCUGACCAAAGAACAAAAAAAGACUUUAAAUUAUGGAAGUUUAAAGGAGAGUGUCAAAGUGAAAAAGAAAGAAAGGAUGUCUACUCUGGCUGAACUUAGAUCAGAAUGCAGCAAUAAACUAAAUAUGUGUUUGAUAAAACAAAGCCUGUCUAUUAAACUGCACUGCCUUCCAGAACUGGUAAUGGAUUUGUACAAACAAACCUAUCCUCCAGCACUGAAGAAAUCAUUACCAAAGCUGAGAACACAUAUUAAAGGAUUCAAGAAAACAAGGUUACCAUACAUUUUGUUUGCCGAACAAGAUAUUGUUCAUCGCCUGGAUAUGAAUUUAAAACACAAGCAGAUUAAUUACCUUUGGGGUGUUGCAACAAUAUUUGAUGAAUCAAUGGAAAUGAUGAUUCCUAAAGCACCACCUUUGCUUCCAGUAAUCAAACCAAGUGGAGCUAAAAUAGAGCAUAAAGGUAUGGAAUUAGCCUUCCAGCCCACGGAAAUUAUUGAUAUCCUGGAAUGGCAUAUUAUAACAAAAAAGUUUGAGUACCAGUGGGGCAUACCAUUACAUAUCCAACAAUCAAUAGACAAGUUCAUUCCAUCUCCUCCAAAACUAGUUGGAUCACAUUUUAGCCAGUGUCCUGAUUGUGAUAUUUCUGUUUCCGUAAACGAGCUAAUUUUCCUAAGUGACGAAUUCAAGGAAACAUUGGAAAUAAAUACAAAGAGCAGGAUCAUAAAUCAGAGACAGGGCAUUCCCAAUAUAAUUCAGGCAUCUUUGAAUAGUUUUAUACCUCCCGUUCCAUCAGGAAAUGAGUUCAUGCCACAGUUACAGAUUGGAGGAGGGAGUACCACAGGUUUCAGUGGAAGCGAACUGAGCAAAAUCAACACAGUUCUAUCCUCUGAACAAAAGUCAUGUGCAAGCUCUAUCUCUUCAGAAAAUCCUGAAAAUGACACAGUAAGUGGCUGUAUUGAUAGUUUGGAAGAAUUUUCAGUCAGUCCAAAAUUGGAAACUAAAGAUGAAAUGAAUGCUGAUGUGACAAUGCAAUCUUUGGAAAUGCAAUCCGUCUAUAAAUGUUCUUACUCAGCCACAAGUAAAAGUUUUCUGAAACUAAAUACCCCUUACAGAAGAUUGAAAAAACAAAAUUUGAAGAGUAAGUGGGGUGAUGAUUGCCUUGAGGUAGAGUAUCCCAUAGCCUCACCCAGCUAUAGACCAAAAUCUAUGAAGACUGUGGGUUCUUCAACUUGGACAACAAACCAGAAACUGGCUGACUUAACCUAUAAACCAAUGACAAUCGUGGGACUGUCUCUGGGUCCAGCAACAAUAGAAGCAAAUGUACCUUCAUCUCCCAUGAUUGUGCAAGAAGAUUUCAGUGUUUAUCUGAAACAAAAUAUGUGUUCAGCUUUUUUGCCACGUCCAGAUCCUUAUGCAGAUUGUGAAGAAAUCUUACCAAAAAAUGCAAGAGACGUUAGUAGUGAUGUGUCCUGUUCAGAACAAUUGAUGGAGGAAGCAAAAAACCAUAUUCAGCAAGGUGAAGAACAUGGGUACGUCAAAAUAAUUGCAGGUGCUAUUGUUAAUAAUCAGAAGGAAGAACAAAAAGUGCAAGUUGAUCUAUCAGAAAUAAUUUGUGCAAAGCCAACACCGACAGGACUUGGAAAUAAUACCUUGCAAAAACGAAUGAUUGUUACAUCUCAAGAUCCUGAUGAUGGAAACUAUUUGAGUGUUUCUGAUGAGGAACUUCACGGUGCAUAUUAUGAAAACCUUAAUAAAUCAUACCAUACUUCCAGAACACAUUCUGCAAAGAAAAAGUGCAAGAAAACAUUUCAAAGUCGGUAUUCAAGUCAAACAAAGCCAGAUAAGACUUUGAUUAAGUCAAAGGCUAAGUUUUCCAAGCAAGAUUGCCAGAGAUCAAGGUUAAUUAAACAUAAUGAAGAAGAAACAAAACCAGAGUUGGGCAAUGAGAAUAUUCUUUUUGUCAGCCCAGCUGAAGAACUCUGGUCAGAAACAAACCAAAAAGAGAAAUCUUCCUCUUUUUCCUCAUACUGUGACCAAGCAGAAAGCCCAGUAUCAGCAAGAGAAACAUCGCACAGUUGUAGAAAUGAUGAAAGGUCCUCACAGAGUUCUAUAGCCAAUAGUCAAGGAUGUCAGCAAGCAUUGUCACGUGAGGAUUCACCAUUUGCAACAAAUAAAGACUGUGAAGUCUAUUACCAGUGUGAGAGUCCAUUAUUGUCACACACAGUACACUAGGACAGAGGGAGUAAGAGAACCUAUGAUGGGUAAUUUGCAUCAGCAGGAUUUCGUAAAAUUUGCAAUCACAAGGCAUCAAUGAAGCAAAUGACUAUCUUAUUGCCUGCUGAAAUGAUUCUGUUACAUUACAUGUAACAUUUCACUUGCUUAAAUAAACAUCAGAAUGGCAAAGUGAAAAGACCUGAUCUCCAUGCAGUUAAUCUCCCUCCAAAUGAUUUUGUUUAUUAUGAAUGGAAGUUCUUGAAGGGCUAUCUGUGAACUUUUCUUAAUAAAUAACAGACUAAUAGGCUUGCAUAUGGGGCAGAAUUUUACAUUCUUCCACCAACAAGCUUGAAGGCAAGGGGUUUUGUUAAAGCGAGUUUGCAGCCUACCUCCUCUGCAGUUAUGGGAGAAGUGGAGGUGCUAUCAGGUGGUCUGUCCACCAGU